UGUGCCCGGCGGGGUCCAAGAGCUGGGUGGGGGAUAGGGGUACCCAGCGAUUUCCGCCCUGGCUUGCCCCGGCCCGCCGCGCCCUGGCCCGCGCCCAUCGGCGGCGGGAGGGGGCGGCCCCCGCUUGUCCCCUGGCCCCGCGUGCCCUCCGCGGGCCUCCCGCUCGGGGCGCACCGCCCUCCGCCUCCGUCACCGCCCCCAGGACCUGCGGCUGCCAGCUUGCAGCGCCGCGUCCCCGGCCAGCGGCGCGAUGGGCUGCGGGAACUCCACCGCCACCGGCGCGGGCCGAGGACCUGCAGGAGCAGCUAAAGAUGUAACAGAAGACUCGAUAACAGAAGAUGACAAGAGGAGAAACUAUGGAGGAGUGUAUGUUGGUCUCCCAUCUGAAGCUGUCAAUAUGGUAUCCAAUCAAACGAAGACUGUUCGAAAAAAUUAGAAGAAAAUAUUAUGACAGUAAUCAAGAGCUUGCUCAUCAGGAUUUAGAAGGAAAUUCGCCCCAUGGGAUGUCGUAAUGUGCACAGACAUUUCCAAGGAAAUUCUAAACAGUUACCUACCCCUCUACCCCAAAUUCUUAAGUCUACAGUGAAAAGCAUGGCUGCAUGUUGAAGGGUGUGGCACUAGAAAGGCAUUGGUUACACAGUACACUGCUGUAUGGAACUGUCUGGGUCCACCUGUGAAAGACAAGCUGACAAACUGUCGCUCUACUGGCCUUCUCUCCUCCAGCGCCAUUUUCACCCCGGCCACUCAGUACAGUUCAUGAAGAUCAUGUCUUUUCACUGAUACUUUUUUGAUAGUUUUUAUAUAACAAAAUCCUUAUUCUAUUUAUAACUUAAGCUAAUAACGCACUAUAAAUGAAUUACGCGAUAUAUUUGUCUGUUAUCUUUCACUAUUUCUACUUCACAUUACUUUCUACCUGUAAAAUUGUUAAAUUGAUUCUUACUGUUAUCUCUUUCCCUUUCUUACGAUUUGAGUUUUAGCUUUAUUUAAAUGUCAGAGAAUUUCCUUUAUUAGGAACAAUGUAAUACAUUGCAAUAUUUAAAAGUAAACCACUGAAAUUUGCAUGUCAUGUAUACAUUUUGAUUAACUUUCUAUUUUCCUUAGUCAAAGGCUAUGUAACUACAAAUACGUCAUAGCCUUUGAGCCUCCCAUUCUGCCUUUGAGCGAUCACAGCAUCUCAUCAUGUUAAUUCUAUACUGUUUUUAAGGAUUUGUGACGGAUGGUUAGGGGGAUAUAUGGAAAGUUCUUACUUUGUUAAUGAUCACCCAUGUGUAUCUACUUAGUAUUGCAAUGUAAAUUACUCAGUUUACCAAUGUAUUUCAACAAUUAAAAUAUUUUUAUCCCUCUU